UAGAGGAGGGCAGAGUGGCUAUUCUGCCCUCCGUAAUAUUUGUUUUUUCCGGGACGCCGCUUGGAAAAUGGCGGCGAAGGAUCGCAAGCCCAGCACUGAAAGAGACCGCCAUGGAGGGAGCAAGAGCAGCUUUCUUUCCCAGGAUUUCGACAAUCCCCCCCGCAGCUGUUUAUUCGUACAGCUGGGCAUGGAGGUGCCGAAGGAGAAGGUCCGGGAGCGCUUCGCCCCUUUCGGCGAAAUCCAGGAUAUGUGGAUGCUGCGGGACAAGCGAACCCAAAAGCUCAGCGGCGCCGCGUUGAUCAAGUACGCUCGGAGCUCGCAGGCCUGCCGGGCCUGGGAGGCGUUGAACGGCCAGUGUUUCUCCCGGAGCGUGACCAAACCCAUGAAGGUGCUUUUGGCAGAAAAGCAAACUCCUGGAAGUUUACAGUAUGCUUACAAGGAACCAUCUACUCGAAUACGAAUCCACAUUCCAAAGUCCUUCACCGAGGAAAACCUUUGGGAUAUGUUUAAGGUCUAUGGAGAGAUUAUUUUUUGCAUUAUUGAACGGAGCAAGUUCUUUAGACACAAUAAAGGUUUGGCAUACAUAAAGUUUACAAAGGCAUCCGAAGCUGCCUCGGCAAUAGAAGGCUGUGACAAAAGUUUCAAAGCUGCUUGGGCUGAGGAUGAAGAUAAAACUGAUUCCACUGCACCCUCUGAACAGGAAUCAUGUGUGAAUGGCCCAAAACAGAACUAUGAUGAACAAGGGAGCAGCUUGAACACUUUGGGUGUCAAGAAUUUGUCUCCGUCUAAACCCCCUGAAUACUAUGAAAAUGACUGCCACGUGAGUAGUACAAACGAGGAAACAAACAGCCAUGAAGUAAAAAGAAACAGUAUGUAUAUUUCAGAGCCUACAAGCUUGGAAAGGACUGAUACCCGAAGCCACGAAUUUGUCUCCAGAAGGUUGUCAGUGGUUUCUCAAUCCCCAUUUGUACAAAAGCAACUAUUCAGCCUUUUUAAUCUCAUCCCAGGACUGGAAUCUUGUGAAACUCAUCAGGAUCCUCACAGUAACUGUGGAUACGCAGUGAUUCAGUACACAACUACUGCAGCAGCUAUAUAUGCCAAAAAGAAGCUACACGGUUUUGAAUAUCCUUUUGGGAACCGCCUGCUUAUCACUUUCAUUGAAGACGGAACUGAUGGAACUGACCUUGCCAAAGAGAUAGCAACACAGCUGUUGAGUUCACAACUGUCAUCAAAGACAUGGAAUAAGAACUCGGCCCUUCAACUUCUGGGGUCUUCUCAGUCCAGUAAUCCUCCACCUCAGCUCCAAACAGAUGCUGAGCUUCCUUCCAGCAAAAGGAAAGCUCCACCUGAUUCUUCCGUGCGAGAGAGGCUCUUUGUAAUGUUCAGUCCCCAUCCCUUACCUGAAGACAUAUUGGAUAAUGUAUUAAGUCGGUUUGGAAAUUUUAUAAACAUUUACCUCAUACCCGGGGAAAACAUGGGUUAUGCCACAUUUGCAGACAGAGCAAGUGCUAGCAAUGCUAUAGCCAUGUUACAUGGCAAGACUGUGAAUGGCGUUAAGUUGAAGGUGAUGCUGGCAGACUUGCCCACAGAAAACUCCAAUAAACAUCAAAGAAUAUUUUGAAUGAAGCUGCUAGAUCUAACACGGACUCCUUUCUCUUGAGGCUGAACGCAGAUGCGCUUUGUGGCUACAGGUUUUGCGUCUUGUGGGGCUGAGGGUAACAGGCGCACUAUGGCAGUGUCUUUUGCUACUGGAUUGGCUUCACUGUUCAGGAAAGCAGCCUGGGUGCAUUUCCUGGAGUGCCCUUCCAAAUCCAAAUUUCACCAGUCCUUUUCUGCAGGAAUUCUGCCAAGUGCUUCCAUGUUGCAGCAUGGGCAACCAAUGUCCCAUCUGCCAGUCUCCAAUCUCUUUCCAGGCAAACUGGGAACCAAAUGAAGGUUGCUUUUGCUACUUGGUCUGAAUUGGUGUGUCAUAUGACUCAAGUUCUAAAACUGCCACUAAAACUUUGGGCUGCCUGAGCUUCUAAAUUACUUUAUCAGAAUUCAGGGGUCCCUCAAGACUCUGCCUCCUGGAAUUAGGCCCUUUCUGCUGACAAAAUGUUUGUUACACCAGAAGACAUAUUUCGGUAAAGGGCUUGAUAAGGAAGAACAAACUGCAGUUGAAUCCAGGCAAGACAGAGGUGUUUGUCGUGAAGAGACUUAAUUCAGGUAUUGAGGUAUGUCAACUAGUCAAGCCGCGCUCCCUCUGAAUGACUAAGUUUGUAGUUCAGGGUGCUUUUUGACCUGGCCCUGCUUCUGGUACCCAAGGUGGAGGCAAUGGUGAGAAGCAUCUGUUAUCAGCUUCACCAGCUUUGCCCAUUCCUAGAACGUGUGGACCUGGUAACGGCGGUGCAUGCUGUGGUAACCUCUAGGCUUGCUUUCUGCAAUGCAUUGUACUUGGGGCUGCCUCAUAUUUAGUUCAGGAACUUAAACUAGUACAAAAGAUGGCAGCCAGGUUGCUUUCCAGGACAUCCUGUGAAGACCUAUAACACGGUUACCUUACACUGGCUGCCAAUUCCUUUCUGGGCAAAAUAUAAAGUGUUGGUUCUUACCUUUAAAGCCCUGCACGGUCUAGGUCCAAGGUACCUUAGGGAAUGCCUCCUCUCCCAUGUUCCGGCACACCACUUAAGGUCCUCAGAGGGCAUCUGCUGUUACUGCCUAGUGUAAGAUUGGCAGUCACACACUAGAGGACCUCUUUGCUGCCCCUCCUCAGCUGUGAAAUGCGCCUGCUGUCUUUUUUGAAUAUCAUUAAGCAGGCAUUAAAGACUUAUUCCAACAGUCCUUCCCUUUUUAGUAUCUUCUUGCUAACCAUCAUAUUGUUUUUCUGUUGUAUGGUUUUAUUGAUUUAUCUAAAAAAAAAUUAAGCUUUUUUAUGCUACCUAUGUUAUUGAUUUUUAUAUCUUGUUUUAACUUUGUACAUUGCCUAGGAUAUUCUGUAUAUAGGCAGGGAAUAAAUUGAAUAAAUAUAUAAAUUUCA